UAUAGAGCAACCCAGUAUCUAACAAGCAACCUCACUUGUCAGCUCAUAUUAUUCUUAAGGAUUGCAGAUAUUGUGGUGGGCGUAGUCAUGGCCAAAUCAAUAUUCAGAGUGAAAGUUGUAUCUGCUGAAGCCUUGUCCUCCUCCAAGAUUGAGGGCACUGGUCUCCCAAGUUUAACACGGCUGAGAUGUUUCAGUGAUUCUGCACCAAAAGCUGAGUUGCCGGUUGAAAAGGGUAUUGAUGAAGAGGCACAACAAAGGAAAAGUGGAGAUAAUAAUGUGAGACAGCGAGCAGCAUGGAUGCCUGACCCAGUGACUGGAAAUUUUAUUCCAGAAGACCAUUUUGGUGAAGUUGAUAUUGCUGAACUCAGGGAAGACAUUCUGAGGCGUCACUCUCUCUCCAAACGCAAACCCCCAACUUAAUGAACGGAACUAGAGCCUACCGCCAAUAUCGUUUCUAAAGAUUCGGGUCAUAUUGGGCACAAUAGUUAGUCGUGGUAUGAAUGAAAAAAUUAUUAAGCUAUUAUAUGUAAAAGUUUGUUGGUGUAUUACUUGGUGGACUUCAUUAUCUUAAAGGAGGCUACUGAAAGUUGU